CUAAAAACCAACAAAAUGUAUUUAGACAUCCAGUCCAGCAAGUGGCGGUAUAUCCACAAUGUGCUACGGUAAAACGCUCACUGAGCAGGCUCACAGACCGUCACAGGCAUUAACCUGGAAGUGUAUCCAGGAAACAGUGAAGCACACGACGCCUCGCAGCGUGAAGUCGUCCUGUUUUCUUUUCUCCACUCCGCCGCUCAGACUGCCGGGAAUAUGUCUAAAAUCGAGAUGCUGAGGCUGCUCAUCAAUCAGCGGCUCACCGAGGCCGCGGAGGAGAUCUUCGGGGUGUUCGGAAGAACCAUAGCCGAGUACGAGGAAGAGAUCUCCCGCUCAAAGCUGGAGAUCGACCGGCAGCGACGGCUGCUGGAGCUCUCCAGGAAGCCACAGGUCUCUCUGCAGGCCAGCACAGCAGCUGUCUGUGAGCAGCAGGACUGGAGUGCCAGUCUUGACCUGAAUGAGAUGAAACCUGCUUCCAUCAAAGAGGAGGAGGAGGAGCUGUGGCCGGAAGAGACGCCUCAGACGGCCGAUCAGAAUGAUGUCAAGUUCGUGUUGUUCCAGAGUGGCGGUGUAAGAAAUAAGCAGGGCGAUGACCACAUGACCUCCUCGCUCUCAAAGCUCCAGGACCUGGGUGACUCAGAGCUGGACCCCCAGCCGGGCACCUCGGUCCAGCCGACCAGUUCAGACCUGGACGACGAUGCCCCCGAAGCUGCAGAUCCGGCUUCAGGUAACGGCGACUGUGUUGACCUGGACGCAUCACUGUCUGAGGUAGUGGACUCGUACAUUUGCACCAUUUGCGGCCGUGCGUUUGCUCAGCGAGGCCACUGGGCCAAACAUGUGCAGGUGCACCGCAAGGUCGAGAGCAAAGUGGACAAGUCAUACACGUGUGACAUUUGCGGGAAGAGACUGACGCGGUUCGACGGUUAUCAGAAACACUUAAGAAUUCACACAGGGGAAAAGCCAUACUGCUGCGACGAGUGCGGCCGCAGAUUCAGCGACAACUCAAAUUACAAACGGCACAUUCGCACGCACAUGGGACAGAAACCACAGCAGAGCUGAGGCUGCGGGACGAGUGUUCAUACUGAUGUGUGACCAAGCAGGACAGACGAUCAAACCUCUUUGAGCCAGGAAAUGUCCAGUCUGAUGUGGAAAAAUAUGAAAUUCCUCCUCCUCCACACCAGCUUAUUUACAGAAAUCUGCAUUUUACAUUGAAAACAAACAAAACACGACACACUAAACCCAGAACAAAUUAUUCUACUACAGAUUGAGUUCCAGAUUUAAAAGGUUUCCAGGUUUUACUCCUGUUUUUUUGAUAUUCAAACCAGAAAAACUAAAACUCGUUUAUUUAAACUGUGUCGAAAGAGAAAGAAACAACCAGCUGUGUUGGUCGACCAAACAUGUCACCAUUUCAUUUUGCUGCUGUUAAACAAGAGGAGGAAAAACAGGAUUUUAAAACAUUUUUCUUGUGCCAACAUUCUACUGUGAAAAAAAUAAACGGACUGGAAACUUUGAUUUUUUUCAUAUUUCUCCACGUUGGUGUGAACAUGGACCCAGACAAGGAGGAAGAGACACUAUAGAGUAUUUUUCUAUGUGAUAUAUUUUGACAGAUAUUUCUGCACUGGAGGAAAUGGUGAUGUUGCACUUUACAGAUGCAUUAAACAUAUGUGACAGUCACAGGUUCAGUUUGCUGUCAGUUUAGACUCAUUGAGAUCUGCCUUGUUCAUGAUGGAACUCUGUGUCCACUAAAGAUUAUUUUUGAAUUUGUUAAUCUUGAUGGUAACAGGGCAAAACAAUCAUCCAGCAGUCAUAUUUUUGAUUUAGUCAGAACUUCAUGACACAUCAAAGUCUGAAGUCUCAUUUCAGGGUGUCAAACAUGGCUGCCCAUACAGUCAACAGGAAGUUAAUGCUUUAACAAGGCUGUAUGACAUUUACUAAGGUAAUAAAGUCACAUGAUUGGAAACUCA